AUGGCACGCGCAGAACUCCGGAUGUACCCACCCACCUACCUGACCAUUGCUACCUGCUUCCUGGACGUGGCUGGAACCAAGCAGCAAGAGCAAUGUCCUGCAUUUCCCACGGAUGGCUAUGCUGGCGUGGAGGUGCGAGUGACGCCGAUUCGGACCGAGAUUAUCAUCCGUGCCACGAGGACCAGGGAGGUUCUGGGAGAGAAGGGUCGAAGAAUUCGAGAGCUGACGGCUUUGGUGCAGAAGCGCUUUGGCUUUCCGGAGAACAGUGUUGAGCUCUUCGCCGAGCGCGUUGAAAAUCGAGCCAGCUGCGCCAUGGCGCAAUGUGAAUCACUCCGCUUCAAGCUCAUCGGCGGCUUGGCCGUGCGCCGUGCCUGCUACGGCGUGCUGAGGCGCGAGUUUCAAGUUUGA